CUAAGCCUGUGAACAGAUCUACCUUUUCGUUCCAAUUGCUUAUUUUAGCAGCAUGUGAAAUUAUACCUUUUUAAAAGUUACAGAAUAGGCCUAUUGAUACAUAUAUGUAAGAAACACAAUGAUAAUUGUUUACUGUUUCGGCGUAUAAUUAUUUAAUACAUAAAUCGUGAUCAACUAUAAUGGAACAGCAUCUAAAAUCUAUCAAAGUCGGAUUUAUCGGAGGCGGAAAUAUGGCUAGUGCUAUAGGCGCUGGCUUAAUUCGAAGAGGUAUAUUAAAUCCAGAUAAUGUCUGGGUUUCUAGUCGUACGGACAGAACACAUGGAUUUUGGAGGGAUCUAGGAGCUCGUGUAACAUUGAAAAACAAUGAAGUUGUGAACAACUGUGACAUUGUGUUUCUAACAGUAAAACCACAUAUGCUGGAUGAUGCGCUUAAGUCUAUUGUAGAAAGAAGAGCAGGUGAAAAAUUUGAGACCAAGCUCUUUAUUUCAGUACUCGCCGGAGUAUCUCUUGAUGUCUUGUAUGUUAAACUCUCUACAAUUGUAAUUUCACCAAGAAUAAUUAGAUCCAUACCAAAUACACCUACGAUGAUUGGAGAAGGAAUUAUAGUUUAUUGCAGCAACAACGCUGAAGUGAAAGAUCUGGAACUGGUGGAUAUGUUAUUUUCUUAUAUCGGCAUGAGCCAAACUGUUUCAGAAAGUCUUAUAAAUAGCAUUGGUGGUUUGUCAGGUAGUGGCCCAGCAUUUGCAUAUCUCAUCAUAGAAGCAUUAGCAGAUGGGGCUGUGAAAAUGGGGGUGCCAAGACCAAUGGCAACUAAAUUCGCAGCGCAAGUGCUAAUAGGAGCUGGAAAAAUGGUUCUCGAAACUGGACGACAUCCUGGCCAGUUGAAGGAUGAAGUCUGUUCAUCUGGAGGUACCACUAUUACUGGCGUUCACGCAAUGGAAAAAGGAGGAGUCAGGGGAUCUAUGAUGAAUGCUAUCGAGGCUGCUGUGAAUAAAACAAAUGAACUAACUUCUCGAUUAAAAUAAUUUCCUUUGAAUUAAUAUUUUGACAUACAUGUAUAAGGCUAGUAGAGCGACUUAUGGCCCUGAUAUAUUUGAGAUUACUAGUCAAUGGAUGGCGCAGUUGUCGGACUGGCAUUCGUGAGCAUGUCUGUUGAACGUGAUUGGCUGAUGAGCCGAGCCUCAGCUUUAUGUGCGAGAAUAGUACAUACAUAUAAACUGUAUAUAUUAUGUAUGACAUCCGUCAUACGACGCCCGACAUUCAUCGUAACAAUAGUAUUGUUCGUUUUGUCUCUCGGGAGCUGCUCGGGGUCGCUCCAAAUAAACCCAGUGUACUUGUAAUAUAGGAUUCACACUACGUACGACAUCCAUCAUAUGACAUUUGACAUUGAUUGUUACGACGAAUGUCGCAGUUCCCGAGAAACAAAACCAACAAUACUUAGAAUUGAUUGCAACUUACCUACGAAAUAUUAGGUCUGUUCGCGUUGCAUGAAAUCCUAAAAUAUUUUGCACUUAAAAUGAAAUAGGUAUACUUUUGGCUUUGAAAAGAGAGAAAGCGAAGAUGCCAGUACAAGUGCGAGUAACGCGAAUAAACCUAUUAUCUCCGGAUUUUUUCACUUAAACUGUGAUAACUUUUCACAUGGCAAGAUAUCAAUCGACAUUGUAAUUUUUAACGUAAAAACACGAACAUCAUGCAAAUAUGUGGCUGAUGUGGCCCUAUCGCGGCUAUUACACAUUAUGUGACUAUUAACCGUUUUAUUUCUACAUCACGCUAUGUAAUACAUAGGUUUUGGAAUUUUAUGUAUAGUCUAUAGGUGAGUCAGCCAUCUAGUAUUAGAUAUAUUUAUGGCGUUUUUUCGUUAUGCAACUAGAAGCGACCAUGGCUAGAGUCCUAUAUAUGAGAGAAGCUACAUUCAUCAUAAGCGCAACUGCUGUCCCGACUCGCUGUCACGUUUUAAGCACUUAUAAGCAUUGCUUACAUUGUUCGCUUUGGCCAUGUAAGCAUUCAGAAAUGCGUUCAUGACGUCAUCUGUGACGUCAUACUAAUGCUCACAAAUACUUCAUUGAAAUAGGGCAGCAAAAAAGCGUGAGCGCAAAUAAGUACUUAUUAUUAGCCAAAAUAAAUAUGAGCAUAUUCGAUUCUAACUUUAGUAGAUUAGAUACAUGCACGUUUUUUCAUGAUUA